CGCAGUAUUGCUAGCCUUAUCAGUAAACUUAGAUAAUAAACAAAGUUUUAUAAGCUUUGUGGGAGAAUAUGUUUGUUUCAUUGUUUUCAAAUAAAAUCUCAAAAAAGUGACUAAAUGUGAACAGCUAGAAAAGAAGCUUAACAGUGUGAAGAUUCCUGUGAACCGGACGUUGUCCACCGGCGGGAUCGGAACAACAAGAGUGCCCUUCACUACGCCAGCAAUUCGAGGGACAUCCUGGCCGCGGCCAGUGUCGCCAUGGUGGCCCCGGAGCUGAUUGAUUCGGCCGACGAGGAUGGCUUCACGCCACUUCAUCUGGCCGUCAUUCAGGGCAAUCUGCAGCUGGUCAAUCUGCUGCUGGCCAACGGGGCCGAUGUCAAUGCCCUGGACAACGAGGGACAUUCUGUCGUGCACUGGGCCACUGUUUGCGGCGAAGUUGAAGCGUUGCGAGCAGUUUUGAAUGCCGGUGCUGACGUGUCGACGCCCGAUAUCAAUGGGGGAAGUCCGCUACACUAUGCGGCCCAGAUGUGCGGUGCCAAUUACGAAGGCAAGACGGCACGCGCCUCGGCAAAACUGGCGCUGGAAAUCCUGAACACACUGCUGGCCCAUCCGGAUACUUCGGUCGAAGUCGAGGACAAGGAUGGCCGGCAGCCGCUGCUGUGGGCUGCCUCGGCCGGUUCUGCCAAGGCUGUCCUGGCUUUGAUCAAAGCCGGUGCACAGGUCGAAAGUGCAGAUAAGGACGGACUCACUGCCUUACACUGUGCUGCCUCACGAGGGCACACCGAAUGCAUAGAUGCCCUGAUAAACCUAUGCGGAGCUCACACCGAUCAAAUCGAUUCGAAUGGAUGUACGGCGCUGCAUUAUGCGGUAACUUUGGGACAUGCGGAUGCCACCUCGUUGCUGCUCAAACUGGAAGCCGACCCCAAUCGACAGGACCGGAAGGGCCGAACUCCGGCUCACUGUGGUUGUGCUAAGGGCCAGAUGGAAACGGUGAAGAUUUUGUACACCAAAAAGGGAAACUUGUGGUUGAGGAAUGCCAAAGGAGACUUCCCGGUGCACGAUGCGGCCAGUUCCGGCAGGAGACAGCUUGUCCAGUGGUUGCUGGAAAUGAAACCUAAGCACAUCAACACCCCAAGUAACGAUGGCCGAACUUUGCUGCAUAUUGCUGCCGGUCAUGAUAAUGUGGACAUGUGCAAACUUCUGCUGGAGUUCAACGCUGAGGUCAAUAACUUGUACAGACCGAACUCCAAAAGUGCACCAUUAACUCCACUGGACUACGCUUUAGCCAAAGGUUUUCGAUCAACGGCUAAGUAUCUGCAAAUGCAGGGUGGUCUUCCAGCAAACAAACUUCGUCUUUCGGGUCGGCAGCAGAAAAUUUUGCCUGAUUUGGAUAAGGUUGAACCUCUCAAGCUCACAGAGAAGGAAGAACUCAUCGACCUGAAAACCUCGAAACGCUAUAUAGUAUACCUAAACUCAAAUUCCGAAUCGGACAAUCAAGACGACAGAUCGCAUCGGAAGAGUAGACACAAACGGAAAGGAAGUCACCGGGGUCGUAGGACUAGCAGUUGUAGCGAUACGGUAUUUCUGUUUCGGAAGAACGAAUCGGAUAUCAGUCGAUCGAGGAGUAAUGUCGAAUUGAACAGAAGCCAUCACCACCACCAUCAUCAUCACCAUCAGAAGCAUCGAGGUAGUAGUGCCGAGUCGGUGACGACCUCAUCCAGCGAAACGUCUUCGGAGGAAUGUUGUAGGCACGUGAAAAGGAAGCACAAAUGUUACAAAAAGUGUUCUUCCUCCAAGUCUUCUAGAUCCAGGGAGCGAUCCCACCGGGAGUCUCGAGAGAAAGUUGAAUCGAAAGAACCAAAAGAACCAAAGGAGUACGAAUUUAUGUAUGCGGAGAAGCGUGAAAGUGGACCAAGAAAACCAGGUGAACGAGUAGGGCGCAUAGUGCUGAAGCAGGUGCAUAGCGGGUCUUCGGAUAAUGAUUCUCCCGAGAAUGGUCGGGCGAGUAUGCAAUUAGCUAAAACGGGAAGGCUUUUGAAUGUUCCCCCCGAAUUGAUGGGGGAGUUGCCUGAAGAUUUUAUACCCAAACCUCCACCGAGAGCAGAGUUUAACAUAAGGAAGGAAUCUGAUGCCAAAUCGGAUGGCAAAUCCUCAGAUUCCGGGUCGAAGAAAAGCACCAAAAAAGGUCAUAAGGUUAACGGAAAGAAGAAAGCGAACGGGAAACAUAAAAAAGGCGAUUCUCCUAGUGAAGAAGAACACAAAUCUCCACCGGAAGCUAAACCGGUAGAAGAAAAACAGGGUGAAAGAAUUUUAACCGAAGCGCAAGUUCACGCAAUUCCAGAGAGUAUGGCAAAAUCGACAGAAGAUGACGGAGCAGCUACAGAUGCAACGUACACUAUCGAUCAGAAAAGCAAAUCGGAUUAUGAAGGUUUGAGUGAAUCAGAAACCGGAGAUAAGGCAAAAGGCAAAGGGAAAAGUAAAACCAGUCCAGAAACAAUAGAAGAAGUAAAAGAUGAAACCGUACCAGAAGUCCCGCCGGUGGUCCCUUUAGAGGUAAAGGAGGAGGUGGCGCCUCCAAAAAAGGACCGACCAAAGCUAAAGUCAAGCAAGGAAAGCAAAUCAAGUAAAUCUAAGUCCGACUCUUCGGACAAGGAAAUUCCAAAGCUAAAACUAAAGCCAAGGGAAAAGAAACCUGAGGAGGCACCGCCAGUAGAGGUAGUGCCGACGCCAUCUCCUCCAUCACCACCACCUGUACCCCCACCUCCUCCACCGCCUCCACCAGCCGAACCUGAACCUGAACCCGAACCGGAACCGGAACCUGCAGUGGUACCGGAACCAGAACCACCAGUCGAACAACCACAGCCCUUUCAAGUGCCUCAAGAACCCGAGCAACCGCCAGAACCUCCUGCCAUAGUUCCGGAAAUCGAACCAAAUCCCACGGUAGACGAAGCAAUCGUGCCACAAGACCCACCACCUCCUGAUCCGGAACCGGAUCCUCCUGAACCGGAACAAGAAGCCGAGCCAGAACCGGAACCCGAAGUGGAAACACAAGUAGAAACCGCUGUAGCUGAGGAGAAACUUUCCAGUCCCGAAGAGUCUCCUUCUAAAUCGAGUGAUGAAGUGGAACAACCCCCUACCGUUGAAGAGCAAAGUGAAGAUCAAGUUCCUCCCAGCCUUGAGGAGUCACCCAAGAAAGAGCGGCCAAAGUUGAAGCGAUCCCAGGAAUCGCUUAUGGAGCACGUUGAAGAGGAAGAAGUUCGCACCGAGGAAGAAGCAGUGGUCCCGCUAGCUACAGCUGUUGCCAUCGAUCAGGAUAAGGUCGCAAUGACCCGAAGUUUUUUCGUUAGCUUAGAUGAAGAGGGUGAGGCUGCUGAAGAGAAGAAGAAACGCAAGCUUAAGAAAAAGAGUAGAUCGAAGGAAUACGACGAAGAAGGCAGUAAGGAUCAGGAUUCGGGAUUCGAACCUAGUCCGCAAUCGAUCCGAAGCAAAUCAUCGGUGUUCGAUAGGCCUGCCAGUACAGCCGUUGUAACCAAAAAACCUCCUCCUGCAUUUACCAUGGUCGAAGAACGAGCUGCUAGCUCUAGGCCGGACAAUCGGAAGCCGGGUGAUAAGAAUGCUGUUAAUAUGACGACAGUCCAGCAAUCGAUUCAUCGUAACAUCCGAAGAUACUACAUGGAAAGAAAGAUUUUCCAACACCUGCUCGAGCUGAAAAGCCUGCAAAUCCGUUCGACCAAAGUCAACGAGAGCGUCCUGGUGAAGCGAGCCGUCGACGACUAUCAUCGGUCUACGAUUGAGCUGGGCUACGAAACGGGCUCAUCCUUGAAGCGCUAUCCCUACUCCGAGUACUCGUUCAAGAAUUUCGAACUGUUCCUGUACGACACCCUGAAGAAUCUGCAGAAGCGCGAAACCUACAACUUCCAGAACAUCUCAGAGGUGUACGAUGAGCUGCCGGCUUUGGCUCGACAGCAGCUCUGGGAAAAUCUAAUCGCCAAAGAGCAGCAAAACACAAAUCCUCUCCGGCGUGGGUGGAAGGUCGGCUUUUUGGGUUCCACUUUUCCCAAGAGUGCGAAAAUAAAAGAUCGUAUUGACAAGACGCCGUCACCACCAGUUCAGACCAGACCAGACCAGUCACAAAACGGCGACGACGACGCCUCACCAUCGUUAGAAAAUCCCACAAUCGUCCCCUAA